AUGGUACAACGCAGCAACAAGUCAAGCAUGGAUUACGUUAGUUUGGGCUGUUGCACGCUGGCCUUCGUGCUCUACAUCAACACACUGAACGCGGGAUUCGUCUACGAUGACAGGCGGGCGAUCCUCGGCAAUCCGGACGUGCUCGGGUCGGGCGGCUGGUACCAGCUGCUGCAGAACGACUUCUGGGGGACGCCCCUGUCGGACUCGGGCUCCCACGGCUCGUACCGCCCGCUGUGUGUGGCCAGCUUCAAGCUCAACUACCUGCUCGAUGGCUUCAAGCCGCUCGGCUACCACCUGGUCAACGUCCUGCUGCACUCACUGGCGACGGGGCUGGUGGUGAAGCUGGCCCGCCACCUGCUGCCGGCCGCCUACCGCUCGGGACCGGCCGUCGCAGGCCUACUGUUUGCGGCCCAUCCCAUCCACACGGAGGCGGUGGCCGGCGUGGUCGGGCGGGCCGACCUGACGGGCUGCAUCUUCUACCUGCUGACGCUGCUCGCCUACAUCCGCCACGUCCGGUGGCGGCAGUGGGGCGACCGGCGGCACUGGCUGGCCCUGGCCGCCACCAUCCUGCUGGCCGGCGCCGCCAUCCUCUGCAAGGAAACGGCCGUGACAGCUUUAGUAGUUUGCGCGAUUUAUGACAUCAUAAAGGGCUACGCCGGAUCCAGAGAUAAGCACCGAAUCCGAAGCCUCGGGCUGGUGGCCCUCUCGCUGGCCGUAAUCGUGCACUUCCGGUUAACACUGCCACGGCCCGCCACCCUGUUCUCCACGGCCGACAACCCGACGGCCAAGAGUGGCUCCCUGUGGACCCGGUUUCUGACCUUUUCCUUCCUGCCGGUGGUGAACUUCAAGCUGCUGGUGCUGCCGGACGUGCUGAGCUUCGACUGGGGCAUGGACGCGAUCCCCCGCAUUAGUUCCGCGUUCGACCGACAGAUGGGGCUCGCGGUGGCGUUCUAUCUGGGGCUCGGGUACGCCUUGUGGAGCGGUAGCCGGGCGUUGCUGCGGCCAUCGGCGGGUGCACCGACGACGACUGAUAGUACCUUCAAUCGGAAGCUGGCUAGUAAACUGAACCUGCACCGGCUUCGGACCGCGGGCGAAGGCCACCCGGCGGCCGAUGUGACGCCGGUCGUGGCCGAGGUGGUCCUGAGACGCGAGAGAGGGGCGCCGUGCACGCUCUGCAAACACGACGCCGGGCUGCGGCACUCCAGCCCCUGCCGGACGCUGCACAACAACAACGGCAUGUCGUCCAUCAUCUGCGGCUGUGCGUACGGGCCGACGGCGGCGGCGUACAAAUAUUUAUCACUAUCGCCUUCGACACUGUCCAAUUAUUUCUGCCGCCUCGCACCACAAGCGAACCCCAGCCCGGAGGCCCCGAGUCCGGAGCCCAAACGUGGCGGUCGGGUCGGCGGGACGUACGGCAACAAUAACAACGACAGUGCCAGCAUCAACUUCAACCAGGGCUUCCCGGCAUCGGUCGGCAAGAAGUUCGUCUGUCACUGGCCGCUGACACUUUCCGGUGACGUCAUCGGUGGCGGUGGCUCUCGAGAUAAGCAGACGUUCCCGUUCGCGCUGCUCCCACCUUCCACCACCACCACCACCAGCGGGACCGGGUCCUCUCGGACGCCCUCGCUUUCCUCUUCCACCUCAUUCACUUCUUCCUCAUCGUCCUCCUCGUCGUCGUCGAGUUCGUGCGCAUCUUCGGUGCGCGGUGACGGUCCGGAUGCUUCCAUGGACGAUGGUGUCGGGGAUGGGGCCGACGGUGGUAUCGGGGCCGCCGGAGCGCUCCUGAUGUCGAUCGCACUGCUAACGCUUCCGUUUCUGCCCGCCACCAACCUGCUGUUCUACGUGGGCUUCGUCGUGGCCGAGCGGGUCCUGUAUUUGCCGAGCGCCGGCUUCUGCCUGCUGAUCGGGCUCGGUGUAAGCGGCCUGAUUGAUGGCACCGGAAACGGGCCCGCCGCCCCGUCCCAGGCCCCGACCCGGCCGCGGAAGGCACAUCGGUGCCAUCGGCGCGUCGUCGGUGCGUUGUUUCCGGCCACGGUGCGGAACCGUUUCGUGGCCCUCGGGCACCUCGUCGGUAGUGCGUGGGGUACCGUGGGUACCGUGAAGAGCGUGGUGGGUGUGACCGUGAAUUCACAGUGCAGUGCAGUGGAUGGUGAUGCGACCGCGGGUGCCAAGCGGCCAUCCGUCGGGGUGCUCGGUGCUCGCUUCGCCAAACACGGUGGCGGCGGCGGCGGUGCUGGUAGUUUGAGCAAAACACGUCACAUAGCACCCGCCGGAAGUGGUCGCCAGCGACACGCAAACCGGUCGCCCGGCACCGAUCGGUGCCGGAAGGCCGUGCUGGCGUGUGUCGGAUUACUGCUGCUGGCGUACAGUGCAAAAACGGUGCGCCGGAACCGGGACUGGUCCGACGAGGAGAGCCUCUUCCGCAGCGCGAUCGCCGUCAACCCUCCCAAAGCCCUCGGAAAUUUAGGAAGUGUCCUUAGUGCGCAGGGUCGCUAUCAGGAGGCCAAGGAGGUCCUGAAGGCAGCGCUCAGCUAUCGCCCCAACAUGGCGGAUGUACAUUAUAAUCUAGGAAUUUUGCUGCAAAACCAGCAAGACUUCAACGAGGCUGUGGAGAGCUUUCGGAAAGCGAUACGCUUCCGACCAUCGCUGGCACUCGCCUAUCUCAACCUGGGAACCUCACUGAUAGCGUUGGGCCGCUGUCAGGAAGCGGCCAGCGUCCUGCGCGAGGGCUCGAAGCUGGACGGCGCCGGUCUGCGGGAUCGACCGGCUCACGAAAAUGCCCGCAUCAGUGCACUGCUGCAGCUCGGCAAUCUGUACGCCGAUCAGGGAAAACUGCAACGUGCGCUGGCCAUCUACCGCGAGGCACUCCACACACUGCCCGAGCGCUAUCCACCGCAAGGUAUCUACCACCGUCUGGGCGAUAUCUUUGCCCGUCUCAACCAGUGGUCCGAGGCGGAACGGUUUCAACGUGCGGCACUCGAGGCACAACCGGACCACAUAGCGGCCCAUCUGUCGUACGGCACCAUGUUGGCACGAAAUAGCAGUCGAACCUCCGAAGCGGAGCAGUGGUUCCGGAGAGCCCUCCGAUUGGCGCCAAACGAUGCCAGCGUUCACCAUCAUUACGCUGAGUUCCUGUCAUCGCAGCGCCGAACCGACGAGGCAUUCCCGUACCGGGUGCAGGCGGCCGAGCUAGCCCCGGAAGACUACGCGCUUGUGGUGGCCGCAGCAUCGAGCCUCCGAUUGCACGACCGCAAACCGGAAGCCGAACGAUGGUACCGUCAGGCUGUGAAAUUAAGACCACAGGAAGCCCGGGCUCACACCAACCUGGGAGCGAUUCUGCAUCUGCUGGGGCGCUCACAGGAAGCGGCCAGCAGCUACCGGGAGGCGUUGCGUCUCCAGCCGGACGAUUUGACCACACUGUCGAAUCUGGCCAAGCUCGGUGUUCCGGCAAUCUCCUGA